AUGGAAUUAGCACCGAGAAUGUCAUUCCCCAGGUUUAUCGUCCUUGAAGCCAGAGACAAGCUUAAUUACAUGAGCUAUACUCGUGGAGGGGACACCGAUGGGUAUCUCAGGUUCUUCGAAGAUCGGAUCCAGAACCCAUUUGCCAAGUUUGAAGUGGAGUUCUCCACAAACAACAGGGCACUGGCGCAUAUAAGAAGCUGUCAGAACAACAAAUAUUGGGAACGAACCAAAAAUCUUUCCCUCACCGGAAGCACCAGCAGCCAGUACUGGAUUACUGCCACCGCCGGCAAGAAGGAGGAAGAUCAAUCGAAGGAAUCGUGCACGUUGUUCAGGAUUAUCUCUGUCAACGCGGCUCAGAAUUGGGUCCGAAUACAGCAUGUCCAAUCGGGAUGCUAUUUAUGCUUAUGGAGGUGGAAUAAUCCGAGACACACUCGUUCUGUGUUGGCGAACUACAGGGUUUUUGAUGGACAAAGCGCUGAUAUCUUCACAAUUAUUGAUUGGAAAUCGUUAUUGUUCCUGCCUAGGUACCUCGCCUUCAAAGGCGAUAACGAACAGUAUCUGUGUGUUCGUUAUUUAAACAAGGGCCGCUACCCGUUUUUGCAGUUUAUAACCGAUGACAUCGGUGAUCCAACCGUGCCAUGCGAGGUUUUUCCUACCAACGACGGAAGCAUCCGGUUCAAGCAAAUUUCUAACCAAAACUAUUGGAGGCGUAGCCCAAAUUGGAUCUGGGCAGAUUCUAAUGACACCAGCACCAACAACAGGGACACCUUGUUUCGCCCCGUCAAAGUUGAUGAACAGACCAUAGGUCUUAUCAACUUGGGCAACAAUCGUUUCUGCAAAAGACUCACAGCCGAAAACAAUACAAGCUGCCUAAAUGCAGCAGUCACCACUCUUACAAGAGAAGCCCAGCUAAAGGUGGAAGAGGCUGUGUUGACGAGACAAAUUUACGGUGUCCGAUACAAUCUCGAUAAUGCCAGGGUCUACGACGAACAACUCCUCAGCUUAGAUGAGAAUACUUCUAUCAACGGGACCCAAGAACCCUCCACUUUAGACGUGACGCUCUCUUAUACAGAGACCAGGACUAGUUCUUGGAACACUACUAUUUCACUAAAGUUAGGUGUGACAUCCACAAUGGAGUUCAAGCUUCCACUCAUAUUUGAGGGGAAAAUUGAACUAUCCAGUGAAUUUCAAUCAAGUAUCAAGUGGGGAAAUACAGCCGAGGCGACCACACUUGUAGAAGUUGUUAACAAAGUUACUGUGCCUCCUAUGACUAAGGCGACGGUCUCUGCGUGGGCAACAAACGGUAAGUGCGAUGUCCCGUUCACUUAUCUGCAGAGGGACACUCUUUUCGAUGGGACCACCGUCUUAUCUGAAGUUCAAGGCGGCGUUUUCACCGGUUCCAAUUACUACAACAUCAACUUUGUGACCAAAAACGAGAAGCUGAGGCAGUGA